AUGUCGACUACCGCGAAUCGCAAUGACCCAGUCGUGGUCAUCACUGGAGCGAGCAGAGGCAUCGGAGUAUCCAUUGCACAUUCUUUUGCAAAGGCGGGAUCAACGCUCUGUCUCAUUGCCAGGUCAGCACCAGAUCUCGAAGCCCUGGCGCAAGAGUUGGUCUGCGAGUACAACAUUAGCGUUGGGACCUGGGCUGCGGAUAUUUCAGAUAUUUCCCGGGUCGUGAGUGUUGCGCAGGAGAUAGAAAUGCGGCAUGGUCGCGUUGACGUUCUAGUCAACAAUGCUGGCAUCAUACAGUUUGACCUAGUCGAAAAUGUUGACUUGCAAAAUUGGUGGCGAUUAAUGGAAGUCAACUUGCUCGGCCCUGUCGUCUUGACCCGCUCCUUACUGCCCUGUAUGCUACGGCAAGGCACAGGAACCAUCAUCAGUAUCGGUAGUCGACUUUGCGGAGGAAGUGCCAAAUAUCUUUCUGCUUAUGCUUGCUCCAAGACAGCGCUGAUGCAAUUUCAUCAAUGCCUCCACCGAGAGGUAUGGGCACGUGGAAUCAGCACGUUCAUCGUGCAGCCUGGAAAUGUUGAUACCAGCAUUUUGACUGAACCUGGGGCAGUCAAUCCAGCCAGUUUGUCAGAAGAUCCCGAGCUUGCAAGAAGAGUACAGGCCCUCAGGGAUACGUCAACGUGCGACCCUCGUGUGACCGCGGAUCUGUGUGUUACUUUGGCUUCACUUCCUGAAGCUAGGAUCUUAAGUGGACUUUAUAUCGACACUGAGGAAGGGCUGGAUAAUAUAUUCCAAGAUAUCUCGGCGUCUGGUAAAGGGUUAAUCCAACAGCAUGAGCUAUAUCAAUUAAACAUUCGAAAAUUGGCUGAUGUGGAAGGCUACGCGAAGUGA